CACAACAACUGAGACCGGAGACCGGUGUGUUUUUUUAUGCCUCAUGGGAGAAAUGUAUUGCACCAAAAAGGCUUUAGCUCCACAAAGCCUUCCACUGCUUACCUGUCAGAAUAACGGCUUAAAACUUUUUUUUUUUCAUUACCUCAUCAACGGCAUGUCAUUGACGAUGAUGAAAAAAGUAAAUGUAAGUCAGUGUGGUAGCCGGUUGCUGCCAGGCACCACAGUCACAUUUUAUAUGGUAAUCAUGUUAACAUAUCAAACGUCAUGUGGAAAGGAUUCAUUGAUAGAAAAAUGUUAUUUCUAGCCAUUUUAAAUAACAAUAUACACCGCAGUUUUAAAAAUAUCAGACCCAGCACGGAAACUACAACAUGACACUGUGGAUUAUUCCUGUAUUAACAGUGACAAGUAACUCCGCCUGGGAUGUCCGUCUACACAUGGUGUUACUGUGAUGAUCCGACAUCAGGGUGUUUGUAAAUUAUACAUAAAGUGAGAAUGAGAGAAGAACUUGGGAGAGUGAAAUGAAUAAGGGAGAUAUUUUUAGAUGGAUCAUCAUCACAGCCUCUGUUUCUCUCUCUUCCUCACUCACAGCUACUCAGUACUCUCACUAGUAAAUGGCGUGGGAUGAAGGACUGAGACUAUUCAAGAAGAUGGACACAUAAAAAGCAAAAAACAAUAGUGACGACAUUGGCAAGAAUUGUUGAGGGAGCUGUGUCAUUAUCACUGCAGAAAAUGUUGAUUAAGGUCCAUAUGAAGUCUUUUAAUGAGAUGAGAUACAGUAUGUGAGGAGUCAUUCCUAGUGAUUAAAGAAACUGAUGUCUCCUCUCAGCAUGAAAUGACACUUUCUCAGCCAAACAUUCUCUUCUUUUGUUUUACUUCAGACCAAGCAGAAUCAGUAAUCUUGUCUGGCACAUAGCAGCCUCCAUGAUGCAGACAUCUGUCACUUUAAUGCAAGCAAAUGAUUGAAUAGUCCUGGGGCAGAAGGAGAGGAUAGGUGGGGGAAGUGGUUGUGUGUGUGUGUGUGUGUGUGUGUGUGUGUGUGUGUCACUGCAAAAGGGAGUGCAAGACCCCAAACAUCUGUUAUCCUAUUCAGAGAAAAUGGAUCAUCAUUCCUGGCCAAAGCUGGCUGAUUGGCCCAGCAACAUCUUGUCUGGUAAUUAAACUGUGAUUACAACAGAAGCAGUUUUGUAUCUGAGUGGAUAAAGAUAUAGCGUUGUAAAAGCUGGCAGUGACAGAAACAAAUGGAUUGCACAGAGGUAUAGUGGGGGGCUAAGAGCUGUGGUUACUGAAGCCUUGACAGGAGCUAAAAUCCAUGCCAUAAAACUUUUAGAGCAGAGCAAAUCCUAGCUCUCAAUCCAAGUCAAUCCCUGGCACUUCCUGCAAACGUACUUGUUAUUUUACUCACACAGGGGUGAUACAUGCAAUACCAACCUGCCUCCUUUCCUUUCUGGUGUAUCUUUAAACAGCCAUGAGCCAUUUCAGAUGUCUGUGUGCUUUAUCUUGUCAGCACAGGUCCAAGAAUUAAAAGGCUCCAAAUGACUGGCGAGAUGGGUCUGGCCAACCGUAAUGUAAUUCAAUCAAAAUCAAGAUGCCUUAACUUUAUGAGGAACUCAUGAGAGGUUAGCCUGUUUUCAAACCGAAUACAUGGUACUCAGUCAUAAUUUCCUCUGGAAAAACUCACAUAUGAACCUGUUUUCAACCAAUUUCACGUUUUCCAUUUCCUUACAACACAGAAUCAAGCAAAUUCUAGAAGAAAUGAAUGGCGGGCAGAACUCCAAAUGAAAUAGCUUAUUUAUCCCCUGACAACAUUAAGUAAGGCCCAUUCUCCACUCUCCAAACACUAAAUAGUUUGACAAAUGAUUCCUGGGCAUUCACGGAAAGAGGUUGUGCAACAGCUUUAGUUUUGGAUUUUGAAAGAAUUAGGGAUGGGAGAAAGAGGGCAAUGGCCAAGAAAGAAAUAUAUAAAAACUAGCAAGAUUUUGAGUGUUUUGAAACAAUCACCGGGUCUGUAAAUAAAACCUCAUAUUACUUAAGUUCACUUCACAGAAAUCCAAGUCAUAAAUGGACGUCAUGACCAUUGAAAGAAAUUUAAAUAAAUGUUGACAUGUGAGCAAACAAAACUUUUUACAUGUGCUCUUAAUUUGAAGAAGGAAAUGUCCAGUGAGCUCAUGCAUUAGAGGCAAUCCUAUAUGUGCAGAAAAUUCUUUGAUAAAUAUGCUGGGCUGAUGAAUGAAUAAUGUUCAUUGAUGUAUCAGUCAUAUUGUCCUAGAGCUCCUGGCAUAAAGUAUACUGUUGUACCCUUGGGAAAACAAGAUAUAAUAAACUUUUGGAACAGUCACAUCCUCUCUAGUGGUCAAAUCAAAUCUAUACUCAAGGUCAGUUCAAAUUAUUGCAUACAUGGUGAAUGUACCAAUGCCAGCCAAUCACUGUUGAGAGAGAGAGAGAGAGCGACAAAGAGAGAGAGAAAGACAGAGUCUGUCUUCUUCCAAUGAGAGCAGUCCGCUGCGUGCAGCUUCAUUUCCGUGCAGCCCGGGCCCUCCCAGCGAUGAUGUAAUGUCAUGAAUAUUGAAACAGGUUGCCUGGUGGUCGGGAGGCGCUCGAGUCAGCAUCCCUUCUGCCUCCCCAUCACCACUACCCUUCAGCAUCCGACAAAAACAACCAGAGAAGCUGCAGGGAAGGGGAUGGAUAUUGUUGAGGAUGAGGUGAGCCUUUGACACCAUGAUGAACCCAUCCUCUGCGGACUCGCCGCGGCAGCCAGACAAUAGCAGCCGGAAGCAGCAGCGCUCGUCGUCUCCGGCCGGGCUCAAAGACAGUGGAUCUAAAGCUACACAGAAGGGCAGCAGCUCGUCAAAGCCCAUCACGUCAAAGCAGGGAGGGGGAGGAGGAGGAGGUGGGGGAGGGAGAAGCAGCCGAGGUCAUUCUCCCGUUUCCACGGGCAGGGAGCGGCAGGCCGGAGGCGCUCCUGCCACCAGAGGCGCGGCUGCUGUCCAGGCUUCUGGUGCUGAAAGCCCGAUACUGAGCAGGCCCGCGGCGGCGGCGGCGGCAGACCGAGGCGGCGUCCAGACACCAGAGGACUCCUCCCGCCUCGCCGCUGAUGCCUCAUCACCUUCCCGAGCAGAUCAGAACCGCGUCGUCUCCGACCAGCCCUGCGCAUCCAAAUCCCCCAAACUGAGGAGCAAGAAUCCCAGAGGUGGGGAGGCCGCCGCGGCGACGAGUGGCAGCAAGAAGAGCUCCAAAAGCACUGUAGGAUGCGGACCCGGUUUCUGGAAGGAGGGAUGCUUGCAAUCCGAGCUGAUACAGUUUCACUUGAAUAAGAGCUUGGGGAAGAAAGGGACGAAGAUGCAGACGAAAUCAGCAUCACCGCCGGCCUCAGAGCCGGAGCUGUCUCCCGAGCCAGACAGUCCUAAACCGGCUCCACUGCCAGACCAGAGCAGACUACAGGAAGAGAUCGAGAAGCUGGAGGAUGAAAACGAGGAUCUUAAGACUGAAAUCGAGGAGAUGCGGGCAGAAAUGGAUGAGAUGCGAGACACCUUCUAUGAGGAAGACGCCUGCCAGCUGCAGGACAUGCGCAGAGAGCUGGAGAGAGCCAACAAGAACUGUCGGAUCCUUCAGUACCGCCUGAAGAAGGCUGAGAGGAAGAGGCUACGGUUUGCAGAGAGUGGACAGGUAGAUGGAGAGCUGCUCAGAAGUCUGGAGCAAGACCUCAAGGUGGCGAAGGAUGUGUCUGUGCGCUUGCACCAUGAGCUGGAGAAUGUGGAGGAGAAGAGGAUGAAGACAGAGGAGGAGAAUGAGAAACUGAGGCAGCAGCUGAUCGAGGUGGAGGUCACCAAGCAGGCCCUGCAGAAUGAACUGGAGAAAGCCAAGGAGCUCUCAUUGAAAAGGAAAGGAAGUAAGGACGUGCAGAAAGCAGAGAGGAAGGCUCCACAGACCCCGAUCGAGGAAGAAAAUGAUGAUCUGAAAUGCCAGCUGGCCUUCAUCAAGGAGGAAGCCAUCUUGAUGAGGAAAAAAAUGGCAAAGAUUGACAAGGAGAAAGACCGUUUGGAGCAGGAGCUGCAGAAGUAUCGGUCCUUCUACGGGGACGUGGACAGCCCUCUGCCUAAAGGUGAGGCUGGUGGACCUCCCACCACCCGUGAAUCCGAGCUGAAACUCCGCUUACGUCUGGUGGAGGAGGAGGCAAACAUCUUGGGAAGGAAGAUUGUGGAGCUUGAGGUGGAGAACAGGGGGCUGAAGGCCGAACUGGAUGACAUGAGGGAGGACAGCCUGGCGGCAGCAGGAGUGGACAGCUCUGGUACUGGUGGUCAACAGUGCAGAGAGCAGGGCGAGGCCCUGUCAGAGCUGAGGCAGCAGCUUCAGCUGGUCGAAGACGAGGCCGAACUUCUCCGCAGGAAUUUAGCAGAUGUGGAAGAAGAGAACAAAAAGGUGACAGGGGAACUCAAUAAACUGAAAUACAAGGCUGGAUCCCAUGAAGCUGGAUCGAGACAUGGAGGAGGAGGAGCUGACCCUGCUAAAGUGGAGGGCCUCCAGGAGGAGCUGAAAGCGGCCCGUCUGCAGAUCAAUGAACUGAGCGGUAAAGUGAUGCAGCUCCAGUACGAGAACCGAGUGCUGCUCUCCAACAUGCAGCGCUAUGACCUGGCAUCCCAUCUGGGCAUCCGUGCAAGCCCUCGGGACAGUGAUGCAGAAAGUGACGGAGGACGGGACGACGACACCCCCUCCGCCUCAGCUUCCUCCCCUCGCCUCCUCCCACCCCACCGCAAGCGUGAGGGCCCUAUUGGAGGGGAGAGUGACUCAGAUGAGGUGAGGAACAUCCGUUGCCUCACCCCGACGCGUUCCCUUUACUCACCUGUAGAGAGUCGUUUUUUAUCCAGAAGCCUGAAGGACCGACAACAUAUGAUAGACAUCCGCAUUGAGGCAGAAAGGCUGGGUCGGACCAUCGACAGGCUCAUCGCUGACACCAGCACUAUCAUCGCUGAGGCCCGAGUAUACGUCACCAAUGGGGAGCUGUUUGCCAGGCUGGAUGAUGACGAGGAAGGUGGCAGGAUCAGAGAGCACGAGCUGCUGUAUCGUAUCAACGCCCAGAUGAAAGCCUUCAGGAAGGAGCUGCAGAGCUUCAUAGACCGGCUGGAUGUCCCCAAGCAGGAGGAUAAACAGGCUGAGGAGCCGCUGUCUAUGUUCCAGCCCAUUAUUUUGCUGAUCCUCAUUCUUGUUCUGUUUUCCUCACUCUCUUAUGCCACCAUUUUUAAAUUGGUAUUCCUUUUCACCCUGUUCUUUGUUCUGUAAAGCACACACUCAAAUGUCAUAUUAUGUAUGUUUUCAUUAUUUCUUUUUUUUUACUUAUUCAUUCAUUCAUUCAUUUCGAUUCUGUUAUGUUGAACACGUCACACAAGGUCACUCAAGGUACAGGACAUUAUCAUUUUCCAUGUAUGAUUCACGCCGCCCAUCUACUCAGACGCUUUCAACAUUUACCGGAGACCAAAUUGGAGACAACAUCUUGGAGCAGA